AUGUCAUCAUCGUACGAUAAUCGCUGCGACUUGGUUCGAGAGAAUGAUUACGUGCACAUCAGACUACCAUCGCAGCAGGAGCGUAUUGUAAGGCUUACAAAGAACGGCACGGCAAAUUUCGGCAAAUUCGGAAAAGUACCCUUCAGUGAGCUUAUCGGAAAGCCAUACGGCCUCAGUUUCGAGAUUGUCGAUAAGGACGGCAGCUCCACGCUGAGGAAAAUGUCUCCGCGGGCGAUUGAGGAAAUUGAGGACUACGAGUCAACGAAUCAGUUUAUUGAAGACGACAGUACGGCAAUCACUCUCCUAGGCGAGGCUGAGAUUGAAGCGCUGAAAAACGGCGGCGUUGAGGGCAGACACAUUAUCGACCAACAAAUCGCUGCUCACGGCCAAUUCGAUCAGAAAACCGCCUAUAGCAAGGACAAGUACCUCAAAAAGAAAGAAGCAAAGUUCCUCAAGUUUAUCACACUCAUCCCACCCACCACGUUUAACGUCUGCGAGUAUCACUUUACUAAGAAUUCACAGCGUAUUCGCGAUCUGAGAGUGGACAGUCUAUCGCAAAUGCUCACACUCGCCAAUGUUCAGCAGGGUGGGAGAUAUAUUGUCAUCGACGAUACUUCCGGUCUUCUCACUGGCGCCAUUCUCGAAAGACUUGCAGGUGAAGGUAGUGUGCUGAUCAUACACGACGCCGACUCACCACCCAACCUCGAUAUUCUCGACUCGAUGAACUUCCCUGAACAGAGCGUGAAAGAGUGUGUCAGGUAUUUGAAUUGGGUAUCGAUCGACGACGACUUUGAAAUGCCUCCGCUUAAACUUGAAGCUAAAGAGGGCGGCGAUAACUGGAGAUCGCACCACGAGAGAGAUAAAAUCAUGAAGCGCAAAGAGCAAUUUACUGCGCUUGAUAAUCUCAGAAAGGAGUUUUUCGAUGGUGGUUUUGACGGAUUGAUAAGCGCCUCGCAAUAUGAACCUCUGAGUAUUAUACAGAGACUGUACACUCACCUCAGCGGGUCGGCUCCCAUAGUGUUACAUCAUCCACACUUGGCGGUUCUCACAGAUGCGCACAUGCGUCUACGCAAUGACGCUAAUUUCUUGGCACCGGUAAUCUCUGAAAGUUGGCUGAGACAGUAUCAGGUUCUGCCUGGUAGAACGCAUCCAAAUAUGCAAAUGCCAGCCACCGGUGGUUACUUGUUACACACGACGAAAGUCUUCGAUGAUCCCAAUGCCCAUUCUAUCAAGGCAUUCAAGCGUCGCAAGGCGGAGCGGAGCUACAUGGUUAUAUCAAAAGUCUUGGUUUCCGCGGCAUUAGCUGUGUGUACACUCGCAGUACCUUUGGAGCGCAGAAUGUACAGCUCUAAGCAUGCGUAUGACUGGGAUCACGAUGCCGUAGGCGGGAGAGCACGCGACGCCCUCCUCUCCACUCAGCGCGCCAGCUGGGAACAAGGCACGGCUGCAGAAGCGCUCCUAGAGUUUGACUACGACAGACUAAGCGUAUUUAAUCCAAACUACCUCAACGAGAUCCAAGGCUCGGCCGAGGCACUCAAGUGGGAUGGCAAGCGCCAAUUUUCAUUCUCGGAAGAAAUUCCCGUACACGCGCUCUCGAUAGCCUGGGAUGCCGUCAACAGACAGCACGAAGAUGGCAGACUUGGUGUGGAGUUAGGUGGACCAGUUGACGGCAGUGCUAGUGACCCAGCAUCUAUGGGCCCUGCUGUAUAUCUCGCUUCGAAGAUCUGGCCAAAGGUUGAAGAGAGAGAGAGACUCGGCGACGCCGCAGCAAAGCAGCUCAGCUACACCCUAAACACCGCUCCACGCUCAGAAACAGGAGCAAUAUCUCACAGGACUGAAAAGAUUGCAUACUGGUCUGACUCAGUUUAUAUGGCACCACCACUUAUUGCCUAUGCUGGUGCGCUCGAGCACGACAAACAUAUGCUCCACGAGGCCUUCGCGCAGAUCAAAGCGUACAGAGAGGCACUCUUCUUGAAGGACGUAGGCUUGUACGGUCAUAUCUUCGACGCCACCAACAAGUCGUGGGAAGAUGCCGGCGCGUGGUCGACUGGCAACGGCUGGAUCGCGGGUGGCAUGUCUAGAGUACUCGCUACAAUCAAGCACUCAGGCGUCGAGGGUCUGGAUUGGGAAGCACACCACCUCAUUAUUUGGCUCAAAGAACUCUUGCAGAACGCGUACAAGGUGCAGAAAAACAGUGGCCUCCUGCCUAACUACCUUGACAAGCCGGAGGACUUUGAGGAAGUCGCCGGCACGGCCGCUAUCACCGCCGCCGCAUACAGACUGGGUGCUAUUGCUUACGGUGCCAUCGAGGACGUGCUGCCGCAGAUGGAAAAGGCUUUCGAGGCGUGCCUCUCUAGAGUUGAUGUCAUGGGUAACGUACAGCCUACCGUUGACGCACUCGACUGGUCUGCGAAAGGCGUCUCUAGCCCUGAAUCUGCUGCUUUCAUCCUUGAGCUUCUUGCCGCCAAGGAGGCGUUUUAA